AUGCCAGCCCAUAUUUUACACCAACCACUAGUUUCUUACAACAACUUUCUCAUGGACAAGAUAAUUCAAAAAGCGAUCCAGUACACUAUCGAAAUGAGGAAACCAACUUCCUCAGUCUCAUGGAAAGCCGACCAAAUAUGGCAACAGGCCUUCUACGGAUGGGUCAGCAAAGACAACGAAUGGCAGCCUCUCCAAUCCACCGAGGCAUCACCUGGAAGACCAAAGCUGAAGAAGAUAGCAGUGUACAGCUGGAACAUAGACUUUAUGCUGCCUCAUGCUAAAUCGCGAAUGAACGCUGCUCUCAAGCACUUGGAGGAGCUUAGUCGACAACAUCGAUUAGACGAGGACACAGCGGUCAUUGCCAAUCUACAAGAAUGUGUACCAUCUGAUUUGAACACCAUCGGUGAGAAGGAAUGGAUUCGGGAAGGGUUCUAUCAAACGGAUAUUGACUCGUCGAACUGGGCUUCUGGGGCUUAUGGCACGACUACCCUGAUUGAUCGACGGCUCAACAUAUCAUCGUGCUUUCGCGUCCACUAUUCGGCGACCAAGAUGGAACGAGAUGCAUUGUUUGUUGAUGUCUCGCUUCCUUCAGAUGGCAGAAAAUUCAGGUUCUGCAACACGCAUCUCGAGUCUCUUGCCCUAGAACCACCGCUACGUCCAGCACAAAUUCAACUCAUCGCGUCACACAUGCACGCUGACGAUGUUACCAACGCAGUUGUCACGGGAGAUUUCAACGCUAUUCAACCAUUUGACCGCACUCUCCAUUCAGAGAACAAUCUCAAAGACGCAUAUUUGGAGCUUGGCGGUGAAGAAGGUGAUGGACGGGGUGAAGAUACUGGUGGCUACACAUGGGGUCAGCAGGCUUUAUCUGAGCUGCGGAAAUUGUAUGGCUGUUCUCGCAUGGAUAAGGUAUUUUUCCGUGGUGAUGGACUUAAGCUUCUGCAUUUUGAGAGAUUUGGGAGUGAUGUUGAGCCGGAUCAGGAGGACGAGGAUGCUAGAAAUGAAAUCCUUGCGAUUGGGUUUGAGAAGCCAUGGGUCACUGACCAUCUCGGCGUCAAAGCGGUAUUCGAAAUCAUUGUUUGA